UUGAUCAAUGCUUUAGUUUUGUACGCUUAGGUAUCCAUAAACAUUAAUAUAUUUAUCAGAACCACAAACUGAAUUUAGUCAAUAGUAUGUAACUAACUUGUUGGAAAGUAAAUGCUAAACAGAAUUGAGUACAAGUAAAAAUUAUGUCAGAAAAAGUAGUUAAAUCAAAAACUUGUUUGGAGUGGUGCUGGUCGCCACCAGCUGAAGAUAUCGAAGGCAUAGUGCGUGUUCAAUUGCCACAUGAAACGCAACAAAAACUUUAUUGCAUUGUUGGUAAACAAGUGUUCCUGGAAUAUCCAUGGGCAUUUGUAAUGCAAAAAGAUGCUUUUGCACAAGCAUGUCAAGUUGGCUCUGGAUUGGAAGCUUUCAAAGAUAACAUAAAUAAUUGUCAAACGGAGCAUAUUCUUAUUGGAUAUGCCUGUCAACAUAAAUUAAUUUCUCUCGAUUUCGUUAUUUGUCUGACGAAUUCAGCAAAAGCCUACAUUUUAAAACGAAAUAAAGCAGUAACCCAAAAAAUUUAUAGUAAAGUUCAUCGUUUGAUUACUAUUGAAGCUAAUUAUACUAUUAAUAGCAAGGUGUAUGAUAAUAAUACUAUACAAGAAGUCCUUGAAUCAAUGGAGGUUUUUCAUGAUGAUUGUGGUAAUUCGAAAUCUAGGUUUGAGGUUGAAGUUGAUUGUACGUCACAAAAUAUUGAUAGGCCACGACGAAAGUUAACUGAUCGGAAUAGUGAUGAGGCUAGAGAUGGUUAUGUUGAAUUAACAUCAUCUACCGAUUCUUUCAAAUUUGAAAGCAUUCGGAUGAAACGAGUUUCUCGAUCUGUGUCUACAACUUUUCCUCCACAAGAUAAAAGUAUUCAGUUGACUAUAGAUUAUCCAAAUAAUAAAUGGACACAAUCUCAUAACGAAACCGAUAAGAAAGACUGUAUAAUUCAAACCAAUGAUAUUAUUGAUGUGAGUUUACAACAAGAACAACCACCAAAUAUUUCAGUUGAUACAAGUGACCAAUACAAUCAGAAAUCUGAUAUGAAUGAUAUUAAUAAAAUCCCACAUUUUUCUGAAGAAACAAUUGCUGAAAUGAUUGAUAUUAUUAAUUAUAAUGCAAGUAUUAAUGUUUAUUCAGAUGAUAUCGAAAAUUUAGUAAGUGAUGAAGCAAAUAACGUAUGUGCAUUCAAUACUCAUACAAGUGAAUAUUAUUAUAUAUUUGAUAACAGCAAUUAUCUUAUUAAUCCACAAAAUGUUAUCAAAAGCGAACAAAAUAAAAUGAUUAAUGUUGCUGCGAUUUCCGAUGUUUCUUGGCAUCCAAGUAUCUUUGGGCUUGUUGCCAUUUCUUAUGUUGGCAGUGAUUAUUCAUUUGACCUUGCUAAGAUUCAAGUGAAUCAACAGUUGGUUACUAGACCGAAACUACUUGGUAAAUCAAAUAAUUUAUUAUUAGAUAAAAAUAUUACAAAAAACAACAAUAUGAUAUUGAUAUGGUCAUUGUCAUUAGAUUUUACAUCUACCUACCCUUUAUUAUUCCUAGAUGACUUUCGACAAGUUGUUGUUGUUUCUUUUUGCCCUUCAUCCCUUAAUAAUAUAAUCAUUGGCGGAUGCACCAAUGGUCAACUUCUGUUAUGGGAUCUUGAUCAAGGUAAUUUAUUAAAAAAGAAAAUGAAACAAAAUAUAAAAAAUAUGAAUUAUAAAACUGAGAUGGGAGUGAUUUCAUGUUCUAUUUCUUCCUAUCAACUUCGGUCACAUCUCUCGACAAUACGAGCAAUUCAUUGGCAUAUACCAAAAUUUGUAGUUGAAAACAACAAAGAAAUAAAUAAAAAUAAUAUUGGAUCUAACUUCGAAAAUACACUAAAAUUUUUAACAAGCGCUGAAGAAGGAAUCAUUAUCAUAUGGAACCUUUUUCAACAAUUUGUCAAAAAUAAUACUGACAAUAAUAAUCAGAAGCAAAAACAAUAUCAAUAUGAAUUUCAUCCAUUCCAUAAGUUUAAUCUUCAAUCCCUUGGGAACGAUUUCUUUAAUUUAACUGUACUCAGUUCAUUUCUCUGUAGAAUUGUUUUAGAUAUCAAUAACAGUGAUUUUAUUAAUGAAAAUAAUGAUCUUGCUUUAUUAUGGCUUGGGUCUACUCAGGGUCAAUUAGUUAUUUAUACAUGGCAAAAUAAAGAAAUUGACGUGCAAGAUGAAAAUUAUUCAAGUAAUCAACUGUUUAAUCGCAAAAAAGUAGCAGAUUGUGUUCAUGACGGUCCAGUAACUUCUCUUAUAAAUUCACAUCACAUACCCAAUAUCUUUUUAUCAAUUGGUGGUUCUACUUUUGCUAUUUGGCACGUUUAUGACUUUGAUCAACCUGUAAUAUGGAAAAAAUGUAAUAGUCGUUAUACUACUUGUUGCUGGACCCAUACACCUGGAAUUUUUAUUCUGGCCACAUGUUAUGGUGACCUCGAAAUAUGGGAUAUAUACCGUAAGAUGAAGCAGCCAAUACACAUCCAGACUAUUUCUCUUACAGGCAAGUCAAUAACGGGACUUGUUGCGUUCACGCAUGAAAAUUUACAGCAAUCGAUGACCAACUUUAUUGUUGGUAUUUGUCAUCUCAACGGAACAUUUAGGUACAUGAUGCUGCAGGUACAACAUCAGCAUUAUACUCAUCAAGAAGAAAAAAACCCUAAUAAUCUGGCUCAGAUAUCAAAAGUUAAUUGGUUUGAUAGAAUUACAUGGAUUGAAAAAUUUAUUGAGCGCCAAGUUGAGUGGAAAAAUACAUUUCACACUUGGCAACAGAAUUAUUUGGCGAGUGAUAAAAGAGCAUUAGAUAAAAAAAAUAAAAGAAUUGUCAAUGAAGUUAGAAGACGUCAAGAAGAGGCAAGAAUUCAAUUUUUAAAAAAACAAAAAGCAGAAAAAGUUAUGAUUAAACGAGGUAAACAUAAGUCAAAAUUUUUCGAACAAAAUGCGACUUCACUAAUAGUUGAUAAUGUUGAACGAAUGAAAAGUGUAAUGGUAGAAAAAAAACGAUACGACUUUAAAGAAAUUGAUAAGUUGAGACAUCGACUCGUCCAACAAGAACGAGAAAGAAGAAUGAAAUUUGAAAAAGUUGCAGAUAAGUUAAUGAGGAGAGAUGAUUAUUAUACUCGAAUAUUAGCUACUCAAUUUCCUGAAAGUAGUAGUAACCAACUUACUAAUAAUAGCAGUAGUACCGUUCAUCAAAACUCGAACUACUCAACAGUAAAUUCAUUCAAUAGAAUUACCGUUGAUCAAGUGAUGUUAAAUAAAUAUAUGCAGGAUUAUUUAUUCAUUAAAAAAAAAGCUGAAAUUAUCAUUAAUAGUAAUAAAAAUAAAAGUAGCAAUUUACGUUGAGCUAAACAGU